UUUGACGUGCAUAUUUCUGUUGACUCUACUGUUGCAAUUAAAAUUGCAAUUAGUCAAAAUGGUAAAAAACUUUGUGAUUCCUUUGGUGGCGGACGAACUUUUGACGUCUCAUGCCGAACAAUAUUUCGUUGAAGAGGUUGUGCCUUUACGAAUGAUAUCACAGGCUCUUGAUGAUACACGACCAGCAUUGCAAGCAAAUGGCUCGCAUUUUAUUUUGGAUAAUUUUGACACCUUUUUCUCUAUCAUUGUUCAUGGCAAUAAAGUGGAGCUUGUAGUUUGCUUGCGUGGUUUUAAUAGGAUUCAUAAAGCUGUGGAAAUACUUGUGGAUAAUUUGGAAAAAAUAUUUGAUCAUGGUAAUGAUAUUACAGAGGAAGAGGACAGAAAAAUAUAUUUAUGUAUCAACAAUAUGUUAGCAUAUUUGUUCUCUUGGUUUGUUGGUCAUAUAGAUGAACGUGUGACAAAAAAUGCAAAUAAUAUCAAUAUUGGGAAGUCUAAGAAAAGUGCAAAGUCUGAUAUUGAAGAAGAAUGGGAGCUAUCCAAACAGAAAGCUUUGGAACUUCUAUAUCGAUGGCUACAAGUACCAUUGCAUAAAAUUUGGAGACCACCAAUUGUUGAAAAUUCAUUUGUUAUGACUUUAGCACAGAUAUGUUAUAAAAUAUUAGAACAGAGUAAAGAUACAAAGCAAAAACAUAUAAGACAAACUAUAUUUGAGAUUUUGGGAACUUUGAUUAAAAGAUACAAUCAUGGAAUUACUUGCAUUGUGAGAAUUAUUCAGUUGGUGAAAUUAUGCGAUUCACUAGCAGUACCCAUAGCAACUGGAAUAGUACAUAUGGCUAUGGAAUGUGGUUGUAAAGGUUUGAUAAAGGAAGUGAUGAAUGAAAUCGGACAGAGCGAAAUUGGUGAAGUAGAAAAUCGUAACGUAUCUACAUUUCUCGAAAACAUUGCAAUCUCACAACCCGAUCUUAUAAUUCCUGUCCUCGAUGAGAUCAUGGAUUAUCUAUCGAAUGAGUUUUAUACUAUGAGAAACUGUGUGAUUGAAGUCUUGGGUAUCGUAGUGCAAAAAGCGUUAACUGGCGAAAACCUCACGAAUGAACAGAAAGAACAACGUGAUGAAUGCUUAAACAAUUUGGAGGAUCAUAUGUUGGAUUGCCAUGCUUAUGUCAGAUCAAAGGUGCUUCAAGUGUGGCAACGCUUGUGUUGUAAUGGUGCUGUACCAUUAGCUAGAUAUGGGAAGCUUUUAGCCGCCACUGCAUUGCGCUUAGAAGAUAAAAGCGCGAAUGUUCGUAAACAGGCUCUCCAAUUAUUGCGUGCCAUGUUGCAAAGCAAUCCUUUUGCUGGUGAGUUGACUUGUGUUGAACUUUCCAAAAAGUUGGAAAAAGAAAAAGUAAAAUUGCAAGAAUUGCAAGCUCAAAUCGCUAGUUCUAGUGGACGUGGUCAUAUGCAAAGAUUCGAACUUUGGAAUAUUUUACAGCCAGAUAUUAAAGCGGCAAUAAAGCAGAUUUUAGAAAAUGAAAUGGAAUAUGUGGAUGAAUCAUGUACGGAAAACAAAGAAAAUAUUGAUGCAGAUCAUGUUUUCGAACGUGUGAGACAAUUAUUAUUAAGCCGAAAAGUCACGAAAGCUGUGACAUAUUUGUGGAAGACUUGUAUGAUAUUAGAUGAAGCCCCUGAUAUGAGAGAUCUUUCUACUGCGGCUAAAGAGGAGUGCCUAUUCGCCUUUUUGCUGAAAAUUUUUAUAGAAUCAGAGAACAAAAUAACAGAAAACGAGAAUACGGUUGACGCAAACAAAUUAGAGCAAGAUAACAAGAAAAAAGAGGAGCAAAAGCGCAUUAUAAAUUAUUAUACAAAUUGUCUCGAGUUUGCGAUUGAAUUGGAAAAGGCGAUACCGAUAGCAGAGAAACUAUUGUUCUCUACAUGUGCUGGCGACGCCGUUGAAUCGUGCACAUUUUUAGGAACCGCUUUUCAGUUUGGAGUAACUGGUGCAGCCAAUUCUAUACGCGAAGCUCUUUUUCAAGUGUUCCAUCGCGAUCAAUCUGUGCGUAAUAAUAUAGCUGUGGUCUACAAAGACAUCUAUCUCAACAAUAAUAAUGACAAGCAAUCGGCUCGUCAAAUAGCUGUAAUUCGUAGCAGUCGUUUGAUCAACUUGUUAAAGGAAUUACGACCUGGACAAAGCCCGGCUUUAGUCCAAUUGAUCGUAACGUGGUAUGAAGCCGGAGAAUUAAACAGCGAAUUAUUGCGGGUAUUAUGGGAAAAGUUCUCUCUAAAGUAUCCAGAUACAUCUCCGAUAGAUAGCAGAACUGCGUUAAUGAUAUUAACGAUGAUAGCUCAGGCAGAAUCUAACAUUGUGACUGAUAAUCUAGAUGUGUUAGUGAAAGUAGGAUUAGAUCCGCGCGCGAAGGAUGAUCUUCUUUUUGCACGAGACACUUGCAGAAUGUUAUUAAAGAUAAAACAAAAUAGCAAGGAUAUCGAAAAAUCAUCUCUGAGAUAUCCCAACAAUCAUGAUAUGUUUCAACAAAUCCUGAUAUUGUUAAUAGACACUUUUAUCAGUGCAGAUGAGAACGCUUACAUAUCUUUCGCGACGGAUGCAAUUAACGUUAUAUAUCACUUGGCAAAUCAACCUGAUAAAUUGAUAAAGGAAUUGUUGUUGAACAUCACUGAAAAGAGUCAAUUAACGAAUAAGGAAACGAAUCAAGCACCGAAUGUGUCAUGCACUGUAUUCUCCAAAUUACUCUAUAUAAUUGGACAUGUUGCUAUUAGGCAAAUGAUUCAUCUGGAUAUGUCCAUUUACAAGGAACUUAAGCGUAGAGAUGUAGUGCGAAAGAUGCAGGGUAAAAGCAAGAAACAAGUAUCGAGAGCUGAGUUUGUAACAUCGGAUAUUAGGUCUAAAUCGGCAAACGCAUCGAUCUCAUCAAAUAGACAAAAUAGAGCCAACUCGGUGACUAGCGAAGAUAACGGCGAAGAAGCUUUAGAAGGUGCGAUAGAUGAUUCCGAAGCGGAGUUCGUGAACAGCACGCUGGAAAACGAGAUUGUCACUGGAGAUGGCUUGCUUGCGAAAUUUGUUCCACUGGUAUUGGAUGUAUGCAAGUAUCACGAUAAAUACAAUAAUGAGAAUCUACAGGCCGCAGGUUCGCUCACGCUCAGCAAAAUGAUGACGGUGAGUUCCAUAUUUUGUGAACAAUCUCUACAACUUUUAGUAACUAUAUUGGAACGAUCGCCGUAUCCUGGAAUAAGGUCAAACAUGCUAGUCGGAAUGAGUGAUCUCGCUACUAGAUUUCCAAAUCAAGUAGAACCAUGGUCAAAGCACAUCUAUGGCAGACUUCGAGAUGAGGAUGUGAACGUGCGUAGAACAUGUGUUCGUAUGUUAUCGAAUCUGAUAAUGAGAGAAAUGAUACGAGUGAAAGGACAGGUUUCAGAAUUAGCCCUUUGCAUUAUUGACGAGGAUAAACAAAUACAGCAGGACACAAAGGAAUUCUUCAAUCAACUUGCCCAGAAAGGCAACGCUCUCUAUAAUAUAGUGCCUGACAUAUUGUCGCGCUUAGCAGAUCCUGAAUUGAAUUUAGACGAAAAACAAUUUCAGGAAACCAUCAGAUACAUUCUCAGUCUAAUGCAAAAAGAGAGGCAAAUUGAUACAAUAAUCGAUAAAAUUUGCACUAGAUUUAAAUUAGCUACCACAGAAAGACAAUGGCGCGAUCUUUCCUAUUGUCUUUCACUAUUACAAUUCAGUGGAAAAAGUAUACGGCGUCUUAUCGAAAGUUUAUCGCUAUUGAAAGAAAAAAUUCAUUAUAAACCGGUCUUAACGGCAUUGCAAAAUAUCAUUGAGCAAACGAAGAAAAAAGCAGAUGCUAAUGCCGCUUGCACAGAAUUAGAAGAGAAAAUACAAGAACUUUUAGACAGCGAAAUAAAAAACACAAAAGAUGCAGAUAGCCAUCUGAUGCCACCACCGUCUAUCAUGCCGAAGAAUAGGAAAAACGUUCGUAAAAAUAAAUAUAAGAACAAGAAUGAUGAAAGCGAUGAAGAUAGCUCCGAAGAUGAUUCCGAGGAAGAUGUAGACGAUGCACCUAUUGUAAAAUCGAGAAAUAAUAGAAACGAAUCGACCAGUGGAAAAGUCUUUCAUCCGGCAGAGAAUAAUGAUGAUGAUAAUAAUGAUAAUGAUGAUGUCAGAAACAAAAAUGCCUCAACUCCUGGAAAGCUUGGUAAAAGAAAAGGACAUGUACAAAAGAAAAAUACGAAAAUUGCAUUCGAUGACGAUGUCGACGUAUUACCGUCCUCAAAACGAAAUAAAAUUAAUACACCUUUACGAGAGACCAGGUCAACUCGAUUACGUAAAUAAUUUUUUUCUUGUACAGUUACAACAAAGCAAAGAGUUUAAUAGAAAAAUACGUAACUUUUUGAAAUGUAUUAAAUUUUAUUCUAAGAAUAUAUGCGUGUGUAUGUAUAUAUAUAAAGUGAUAUAUUGCUUAGAAAUGCACAUUUAAUAAUACACUAUUAUUUCACAAUAUAGAAAAAGCAGGCUAUAUUAAAAAAUCAGUUAUACAUUUCUAUAUUUAUUUUGAUACAUUGUAACAAAGUAUGAGUCAUUUAUUCAUUUAUUAAAACAUAGAUAGCAAAAUGCCAACAACUUCGAUUUUGCAGCAGAUUUAUAUACGUUAUUUCUUCACUAACUUAGUUUCUAUUAUGGCUUGUCUAUAUACUAUAUAACGGCAGAGUUGAAUAUCUGCUUGCAAUGAGGUUGGCGCAAACGCGCCUUUCUAAAUCUUUCGGAUCGUAAAAUGCUACGCGGGAGGAACAUCUCCUACCGUGAUUCCGCAGUAGUGUUUGGACUCGAGUCCUUUUUUCUGCACACAUGUGUGAUAAAAUUGGAGUCGAAACAAUGAUGUAUGUAUGUGUGUAAAAGUCUCGAGUCUGGCGGAUAACAAAAAUAAACUAUAAGAUAAAUUAUAAAGAUAUAAAAUAUAGGAUGAAUACACAGUAAGUUUAUAUUUAUUAAUAAUGGAUUUUCAGAAAAAAAAGAAACAAUAAAAAAAAAUUAGAAAUUCUCAAAAUUCAUGGCUAGAUAAGGAUUGUUUUUAAAAAAUUCAAUCAUUAAACAAUUCCAUUCAUUUCGGAUGUAAUUACUUUUUAUCAUAUCUCAAUUAUUUGUCUUAAACAUUUUUAUGAAUUAUUUAAAUAUUCAAUCUAUUUGUUCAUCAGUUCGAAAUAUUCGAAAUAAUCUGAGUUUUUCCUAUGUUAAAAUGAACAAGAUAUAUUGCAUGCAUUUGAAUAUAUGUAAUAUAUAUAUAAAAUAUAAAGACUUAAGGAUUGCAACGAUUUCGGGCAGAUUUAAAGAAAUAAUUCGAACCUUUAAUAUUGUUCAAAAGAAAAUAUAAAAUUAUGAAGAGAUCGAUACGAAAAAUGCGUUAGAAAUUUUUUCUACAAAAAAUUAAAGUCUUGUUUUUUGUCCAUAUUUUAAAAAGAUUUAUUAUUCUCAACAUUUAUAAAUCAACAUUAUUGAUAAUAAUUGAGCAUCAAAAAGAUACAAAUGAUUAAUAAAAUAAUAGCUUUAUACUGAAUUUUAUUUUUGCUAAUGUGUUUUAAUUAUUUAUUCGUGACACUUUUGAUAAAUUUAGGUAAGUUAUUCUUCAUUCUGUCAAUAGAUGCAUUAACACAAAUAUUCGUCUUUUAUUUUCAAUUCUAAAGUUAAUAUGCGAAAAAUUAAAAGUCUCUUAGAACUUCUCUGUUCCCGCAACAAUAAAACCGAUUAAUAUCAUUAACUUGUAUGCUGAAAGCGCGCGAUUAUGUCUCGCAAAUCUUACACAU